AGUUGAGCAAACACCUCCUACUUCCCGGGCUCCCAUCCCAAUUUCGGCUGGGAAUUCGGAGCCUGCUCUGCAGAGGCUCGGAAGAUCCGAGGCGGCGGGAGACCAGUCGGCGCCCAGAGCGGACGAGUCACCAGGUGUCAAGAUGCUGCGAGUGCAGAAGACUGCACUGGGCUGGCUAGGGGUCAGCCUCUCCAGGCAUCUUCAUUACAAAGCUGUGUUGGCUGUCCGGAGGGAGGAUGUGAACGCCUGGGAGAGAAGGGCUCCUCUAGCUCCCAAGCAUAUCAAAGGCAUCACCAAUCUGGGAUACAAGGUCUUGAUACAGCCUUCGAAUCGGCGGGCAAUUCAUGAUAAGGAAUAUGUCAAAGCUGGUGGCAUUCUUCAGGAGGAUAUUUCUGAAGCUUGUCUAAUUUUGGGAGUUAAAAGACCUCCAGAGGAAAAAUUAAUGUCCAGGAAGACUUAUGCAUUUUUCUCCCACACAAUAAAAGCUCAGGAGGCCAAUAUGGGCUUAUUGGAUGAGAUUCUAAAAAAGGAAAUUCGACUUAUUGAUUAUGAGAAAAUGGUGGAUCAUAGAGGAGUACGGGUAGUGGCAUUUGGACAGUGGGCUGGUGUGGCAGGGAUGAUCGACAUUUUACAUGGAAUGGGUUUAAGGCUCCUUGCUUUGGGACAUCACACACCUUUUAUGCACAUUGGCAUGGCUCAUAACUACAGGAAUAGCAGUCAGGCUGUGCAAGCUGUCCGUGAUGCUGGCUAUGAAAUAUCUCUAGGUUUGAUGCCUAAGUCAAUAGGGCCCUUAACAUUUGUGUUCACAGGAACUGGUAAUGUUUCUAAGGGAGCCCAGGCAAUCUUUAAUGAGCUACCUUGCGAAUAUGUGGAACCCCAUGAAUUAAAAGAAGUUUCCCAAACUGGAGACCUCAGAAAAGUGUAUGGGACUGUGUUAAGUCGCCAUCAUCAUCUUGUCAGGAAAACAGAUGGUGUGUAUGAUCCUGCAGAGUAUGACAAGCAUCCUGAGCGCUACUUAAGUCGUUUUAAUACUGAUAUCGCACCCUAUACAACUUGCUUAAUUAAUGGAAUCUACUGGGAACAAAACACUCCUCGCCUCCUAACUCGCCAAGAUGCUCAGAGUCUCCUGGUUCCAGGCAAGUUCUCAGCUGCUGGUGUGGAAGGCUGCCCCGCACUACCGCAUAAACUUGUGGCAAUAUGUGACAUUUCAGCUGACACAGGAGGGUCUAUAGAGUUUAUGACUGAGUGUACAACAAUAGAGCGUCCUUUUUGCAUGUAUGAUGCAGACCAGCAUAUUAUUCAUGACAGCGUUGAAGGCUCUGGGAUCCUGAUGUGUUCUAUUGACAAUUUGCCAGCACAGCUCCCAAUUGAAGCUACAGAGUGCUUUGGAGACAUGCUUUACCCUUAUGUUGAAGAAAUGAUAUUAUCAGACGCGACGCAGCCUCUUGAAAGUCAAAAUUUUUCUCCUGUGGUGAGAGAUGCAGUGAUUACAUCCAACGGUACAUUACCUGAUAAAUAUAAAUAUAUCCAGAAACUCCGGGAAAGCAGGGAACGAGCUCAGUCACUUUCAAUGGGCACCAGGAAAAAGGUUUUGGUUCUUGGAUCUGGCUAUGUAUCUGAGCCCGUACUGGAAUAUUUAUCAAGAGACGACAAUAUAGAAAUAACAGUAGGCUCUGACAUGAGGAAUCAAAUUGAACAGUUAAGGAAGAAAUAUAAUAUCAAUCCUGUUAGCAUGGACAUUUGUAAACAAGAAGAGAAGCUGGGCUUCUUGGUGGCAAAACAGGAUCUUGUUAUCAGCUUGUUGCCGUAUGUAUUGCACCCUCUUGUGGCCAAGGCUUGCAUCACAAACAAAGUUAACAUGAUCACUGCAAGCUACAUUACACCAACACUAAAAGAAUUGGAAAAAAGUGUGGAAGAUGCUGGCAUCACAGUCAUUGGUGAAUUGGGAUUGGACCCUGGUCUGGAUCACAUGUUAGCAAUGGAAACAAUAGAUAAAGCCAAGGAAGUGGGAGCCACGAUUGAAUCAUAUAUUUCCUACUGUGGUGGACUUCCUGCCCCCGAACAUUCAAACAAUCCAUUGAGAUAUAAAUUUAGCUGGAGUCCAGUGGGAGUUUUGAUGAAUGUAAUGCAGCCUGCCACCUAUCUGCUCAAUGGAAAGGUUGUGAAUGUUGCAGGGGGCAUCUCCUUUCUUGAUGCUGUGACGUCCAUGGAUUUUUUCCCAGGAUUAAAUUUGGAAGGCUAUCCUAACAGAGACAGUACGAAAUAUGCUGAGAUUUAUGGCAUUUCUUCUGCUCACACUUUGAUGCGGGGGACACUGAGAUACAAGGGAUAUAUGAAAGCUUUGAAUGGAUUUGUAAAAUUAGGUCUUAUAAACAGAGAAGCGUUUCCUGCCUUUAAACCUGAGGCCAACCCUCUCAGCUGGAAAGAACUCCUCUGUGACCUAGUUGGGAUUUCACCCUCCUCUGAACACAAUGUGUUGAAGGAUGCUGUUCUUAAGAAACUUGGAGGAGACAAUACCCAGCUGGAGGCCGCUGAAUGGUUGGGCUUACUUGGGGAUGAACAAGUCCCUCAGGCAGAUUCCAUUGUGGAUGCCCUCUCCAAGCAUUUGGUCAUGAAGCUUUCCUAUGGCCCCGAAGAAAAAGAUAUGAUUGUGAUGAGAGACAGCUUUGGAAUCAGACAUCCUUCUGGACAUUUAGAAAAUAAAACGAUUGAUCUUGUGGUUUAUGGGGACAUCAAUGGCUUUUCAGCCAUGGCUAAAACUGUGGGGUUACCUACUGCCAUGGCAGCCAAAAUGUUGCUUGACGGUGAAAUUGGAGCCAAAGGCCUAAUGGGGCCAUUUUCAAAGGAGAUCUAUGGACCAAUAUUGGAGCGAAUUAAAGCAGAAGGCAUUAUAUAUACUACACAGAGUAUAAUUAAACCAUAAUUGGGAAUUAUAUUUCAAUUUUUUCUUCCCAGGCAAUACAGCUCUGAAGAUGUCUGUGAUAAAUGGACUUGCUAAUGUGCUGUUUUAAAGUAUAAAGCAUAAUAUGUUUUGGUUAAGUUAACACAAUGUUGUUUUUGAACUAUAAAUCUUUAUUUUAAUAUGGAAGUGUUUGAAACAGGAGAGGCCACCCACUACCAGAGAACUUUAAUAAUUCUACCCUGUAUUUUACAAAUACGUAUGUGAAAGUGAUGAUUGUGCUAUUUGCUAAUUUAUUGUGCCACCUCUUUCUCACAAGAACACAUUGUCCUAUAAUCGGCAGAUGAGAUUUUACUUUUUUAGUCAGAAAAAAUUUCCUCAUAAACCUAUAUUUUUGUAUUUUUUAAAUUGAUACAGUUAGCUUUAGAUUACCUAUGUACGUCUUUGCCAAAAUGCUAUUUUAUGCCCUUUUUGUAAAGUUACAAUUUAUUUAGUAAAUGUAGUUUGUUAUAUUUUUCUCUUGAAUGUUUGGAAAUGAGAAUAGACAACACUGAAUCACAGUUUACAAGAUCACCUCAUUAGGCACAGAAAAAAGUGUUUAAUAAAAUACAACACGCUUUCACAAUAAUAAAAAAAAAUUGAAACACCUCAAUAAACUAGGAAUAGAGGAAAACUUCCUCAACCUGAUAAAGAACAUCUAUGAAAAACCCACAGCUAGCAUCAUACUUAAUGUUGAAAGAUUGGAUUAUUGCCCCCUGAGAUCAGAAGUAAGACAAGGAUGUCUGCAUUGCCCAUUUCUAUUCAACUUGUACUGGAUAGUCAAGAAGGGGCAAUUAGGCAAGAAAAUCAAACAAAAGACAUCUAGAUUGGAAAGGAAGAAGUAUAACUAAGUAGAGAUGGGAGAUGAUAUUGUGAUUUUAUACAUAUGAAUCCAAAGGAAAGCUAUAGAAAAUCCAAAGACAUGAUCUAAAAAAACAAAACAUUAGAAAUAAUGAAUAAAUUUAUUACUUCUAAUGAAUUUGUUCAUUAGAAAUAAUGCAAAUUCACAGCAAAGUCACAGGAUGCAGCAUUAAAUAUACAGAAAUUGAUUAUCUUUAGAUAUAGUAUCAAGGAAUAAAUAAAAAAGAUAUUAAGAAAACAAUUUAAUUUUCAACAAUGGAAAAGCUUGGUGGCUCGUGCGUAUAGUCCCAAACCUUCAGAAGUUUGAGGCAGAAAGGCUAGGGGCCAGGAGACCAGCCUGGGAAGCAGUGAGAUCCCAUCUCUACAAAAACAAACAAGCAAACAAACAAACAGCUGGCUGUGAUGACAUGCAUCUGUGGUCUCAGAUACUCAGGAGGCUGAGGUGAAAGGAUGGCUUGACCCCAAAAUUCUGGGCUGCAAUGAGCUGUAACUGGAUCACUGCAAUGCAGCCUGGAUGACAGAGUUAGACCCUGACUAAAAAAAGAAAAAAAGGAUCCAGAAAUAUUUCUGACAUUUAUGGUCAACUGACUUUUGAAAAGGGUGCUAGGACAGACAAUUAAGUAAUAUUCUUUUUCAUUGAAUGGUGCUUGGAAAUGUUGCUAUCCAUACGCAAAAUAUUGAAAUUGGACUCCUACCUCAUAUUGCAUAUAAAAAUUAACUCAAAGUUGACUUUAAAUCUAAAUGUAAGAACUAAUACUAUAAAUAUCUAAGAAGAAAAUAUAGCAUAAAUUUUCCUGACUUUGAAUUAGGCAAUGAUUUCUUAAAUAAAUCAUAAGCAACAAAUCACUAAAUCACAAGCAACAAAAGAAGAAAAUAGGUAAAUGUGACAUCAUCAAAAUUAAAAACAUUUGUGUUUCCAAGGACACUAUCAAGAAAGCAAAAAUACAACUCACAGAAAGAGAGAAAUUUUUUAAAAUCAUGUAUUAAGAAUGGAGAAAUUUGUAUUUAGAAUAUAUAAAGAACUGUUGCAACAACAGUUAAAGGCAUAUAAUUCAAUUUUUAAAAAUUGACAAAAGGUCUGAAUUGACAGUUCUCCAAAGAAGGUAUACAAAAGGCAAAUAAGCACAUGUAAAGAUUCUCAACGUCAUUUUCCAUCAAGGAAAUGCAAGUAAGAUCUCCAAUGAAAUAUCACUUUGUACUUACCAGAAUAGUUAUGUAAUUAAAGAGAUAUUAUCAAGUGUUGGUGAGGAUGCAGAUAAAUUGGAACCUUUAUAUGCUGUUGGUGGAUACUCAAGAAAUAUAAAAACAAAUGUCUACACAAAAACUUGUGCACAGAUAUUCUUUGCAGAAUUAUUCAUAAUAACCCAAAAUUGAAGCAGCCCUAAUUUCCAUCAACUAAUAAAUGAAUAAACAAAAUGUGGCAUAUCCAUACAAGGAAUAUUAUUCAGCAAUAAACAUGAGCUGAAGUACUGAUGUGUACCACAACAUAGACAAACCUCAAAAAGGUGCCGAGUGAAGAAUGCUAGACUCAAAAGGCCACAUAAUAUAUGAUUUCAUUUAUAUGAAAUGUCCAGAACAGGCAAAUAUAUAUAUAGAGAAGGUAGAUUAGUGGUUUGUUAGGCUGAGGGGUUGGAGAGGAAAAUGGAGUGACUGCUGAUUAGUAUGGGGUUUCUUUCUGGGGUUGUGUAAACGUUGUAGAAUUGAUUGUAGUAAUGGUGGCACAACUCUGAAUGUACUAAAAACUAUGAAUUGUAUACUUUGAAUGUUUGAACUGUGUGGUAUGUGGAUUUUAUCUCAAGUUGUUAUAAAAAAAAUUACAAAUACGA